AUUAUCACGGAAUAGUAGGACGGCAUUUAACAUAUCCUAUUUGCAAUUCUCACGAUUAAAAGAAAUUACAAGUACAAAUUCCAACAUGUCUGCCGAAGAAGAUGUCCCUCCUUUGGAGGAUAUGUCAGAAUUGAUACAACAAGUUGAUGCCUUGCGAGAACUUAAAUUCAAACAGCAAAAUAAAUCACAAACACAGUCAAAGAUCUCACAAAAUGGACAUGGGGAUUCAAGUAAAAUCAAAGAAAAAAUACCUGAACCAAAGAAAAAAGAAAAUAAAAAGACAAUUGAGCAAACACAGGUGCAAAGAAGUGAAAAAUUAGACAGUGCUAAGCCUGUUAACACUAGUAGUACAUCUACAAAUAAAACUACACAGAAAAGUAGUUCCUCUUCAUCAUUUGGGGGUAUGAAAAAGGGAUUCUUGUUUGGUGGUGCUCCAAAAUCUAAAUCUACACAGGAAACUAAAUCAAGUGGUGUAAACAAAUCACAGACUAGUGAAAAUGGAAGUAAACAGUCAAAAGCUGGAGGAAAAAAAACUCUUGAAGACAUUCCAUUUUUGAGAAAAAAUGAAGAAAAGAAAUCAGAUGAACUAAGAUUUUCUGAGGUGCAAGAGGCUAUGGAGAAAACAAACAGUAAACUCUUGGAAAACAAAGAAUGGGUCACAGAUGAUUUAUUAAAUAAUCUUGAGAAGAAUGAAAAGCUCACAAAAAGACUACAGGAUCCUACAUUUAUUCAAGCAAUAGGAGAGUUUCAGAAGAACCCUACUGAAGCGCUUAAGAAGUAUGGAGACAACCCAGAAGUACAGGAAUUCUUCAAGGACUUCUGUGGUUUGAUGGGAGACCAUUUCAACAAACUCAGUGAUAAGCAGGAUGUUUCCAAACAGGAUGUUUCCAAACAAAGUUCUGUCCCUUCUCAGCCUAAGGUAGUGACAGAAAGUGGUGCAGAUAUGCAGGUGAGGAGCAGUACAAACCCGAACCAACCUACGGCAGCAGACGAAGCUAAGAUGCAGGAGAUCUUGGCAGAUCCAGAAAUUAGAGACAUUCUAGUUGAUCCUCAAAUACAAGAUCUGUUUCAACAUUUAAGAAAUGAUCCAGUGAAAGGACAAAGACUUCUUCAAACAGCUAGUGGAGAAUUACGUGCAAAGAUCCAUCGUUUAGUACAAGCGGGUCUAUUACAGUUUCAGCAAACUUGACAGUAAUAUUGACAGCAAAUAUAGUAAUGUUGACAGCAAAUAUGACAGUAAUGUUGACAGCAAAUAUAGUAAUGUUAACAGUAAAAUGUUUUGUAAUGUUGAGAGCAGAUAUGACAUUCGAUAGCAAGCAUGACAUUGAUGUCAAUGGCAAAAUUGGCAUUAAUGUCAAUAGCAAACAAAGUCAUGUUGGUGUUGACAGCAAACUUGAUAUUUAUAAUUUAUAUUUACAGCUAAUUUAACAGUGUUAUAAACAGCAAUUUUGACAGUGAUGCUGGCAGUGGGUGAUAUAUACUUGACAAGUUAUUUAGCAAUAAGUGACUUUAUCUUUUUCAAUUAUGAUAAACCUAUCAUGUAAAAGUUAAAAGAUAAACUGCUGUCCAAAUAAGUUCUCAAAAGUUAAAGGUUUUAAGUAAUUAAUACAAUCAUCUAAUGAUAUUUUACUAUGUUAUUGAACAAAAUUAGAUGAAGAUUUGAUAUAGGAGAAUUGUUUAUAAAAGUUAAUUUAUUUAAUGAUUCAGAAAUCUGAUUAUAGUUUGGUUAUACAUUUGUAGCCGUCAACAGUCAACUUUGUGUUGAUUAGUUGUUGAUGGCACUAUAUUACAAGAGUACUACACACCAGACUUUUUUUGACUUAAACUAGAGAGAACAUUUAGUUUACUUACUUUUCAAUGAAAGGUUGAAGAUACAGCUCUAUUUGUGUUGGUUUUAAUCUGUUUAUCACAUGUAUCAAUAGCCUCUGAAACAUCUACAAUACAAAUAUACAUAAAUUUGCAGUCGUUAUUGCGUGGUAUUAUAUAUUACAUUCAGUGCAUAAUUUGGAAAAUAUUAAUAUUAAGUAACAAAUAAAAACAUCAGAUUAUAUUCACUAACAAUCAUAUGAAGUAAUUUACUUAUUCAGUGUCUCACAAAAUUAUUCUUUAAGACUUUAUUAUACAUAAUAUUAGACACUGAUCUUACUGAAAAAUAUCACAUAUGAAAGUAAAGAUGUCACUUGAUAUGGGAUAAACAUUCAUCUAAAAUGUUUUUGGAAUAUAUGUACAUGUACAUAUGUAUUAAUGAUUUAUAUCAAUAUUAUGUUACUCUUCCAUUGCAAUAUAUUUCAUGGUGUAAAGAUAUGAUACCAAUAAUAAAGCUCUUUUCAAAG